AUGCCACCCCAUGGAGGGGUGUUUAUGGCUCUCUGGCUGCUGCUGGCUCCUGGUCUCGCUGAGGCCCCCCCCGGCACGGAGGGGACCACCUUGGCCUUUGUCUUCGACGUCACCGGCUCCAUGUACGACGACCUGGUGCAGGUGAUGGACGGAGCCUCCCGCAUCCUGGAGAGGACCCUCAGCAGCAGCACCAAACCCAUCAGCAACUAUGCCCUGGUGCCCUUCCACGACCCAGAGGUGGGACCUGCCACCCUCACCACAGACCCUUGGCUCUUCCAGCAGCGCCUGAGGGAGCUCCAGGUCCAGGGCGGAGGGGACUGCCCGGAGAUGAGCGUGGGAGCCAUCAGGCUGGCGGUGGAGCUCUCCCACCCUGGCUCCUUCGUCUACGUCUUCUCGGAUGCUCGGGCCAAGGACUUCGAGGAGCAGGAGGAGCUGCUGAGGCUGCUGCAGCACAAACAGAGCCAGGUGGUGUUCGUGCUGACCGGGGACUGCGGGGACAGGAGCCACCCUGGGUACCGCGUGUACGAGCGCAUCGCCGCCACCAGCGCCGGGCAGAUCUUCCACCUGGACAAGCAGCAGGUGGCAGAGGUGCUGAAGUGGGUGGAAGAGGCCAUCCAGGCCUCCAAAGUCCACUUACUGUCCAGUGACCACGAGGAGGGCGGGGAGCACACGUGGGCUGUCCCCUUUGACCCUAGCCUGAAGGAGGUCACCAUCUCCCUGAGUGGCCCUGCCCCGAGGAUCCAGGUCCAGGAUCCAGCAGGAAAGGUCCUGGAGAAAGGCCAAGGUCUGAAGGAGCUGCUCAACAUCCCCAACUCAGCCCUGGUGCUGGCUGUGGAGCCCCACGAGCCAGGGACGUGGCUGGUCACGACGCGCAGCAGCGGCCGCCACUCGCUGAGGAUCUCCGGCAUCAGCAGCGUCGAUUUCCAAGCCAGCUUCUCCAGCCAGCCGGGCACAGAUGGCAGCCAGCCCGGGGACCCGCCAGUGCAGGGCCUGCCCAUCUCCGUGGUGGUGAACUGCACCGGUCUGACGCCACCAGGGCGCCUGCAGGAGAUUGAGCUCUUCAACACCUCUGGCCACGUCCUCCUCUCGCUGCCCACCCGGCCCCUCUCCACCUCCUCGGGGCAGCUCUGGGUGGGCUCGCUGCUCCGUGUGCCCCCAGGUGACUUCCUGCUGAAGGUGAAGGGUGAGGAUGCCCAGGGCCACCCCCUGCACCGCCUCUCCGCGGUCACCUACAGCAGCGUGGUCGCUGGCCCCCCCGAGGUGAGCAUCCCCAGCCGGGUGCAGGCGUUCCGCGGGGAGCCGCAGCUGAUCUCCUGCUCCGCACGGAGCCAGGUCCCCUUCCGCCUGCAGCUCAGCCGCGCAGGGACUCAGCUGGGCAGCGAGCAGCACUUCAGGAGUUCGGGGAACAUCAGCUGGCUGAUGCCUGUGGUCUCCAGGAGCGAUGAAGGCUUUUACGAGUGCACAGCCACCAGCAGGGUGGGGGUGACGCAGGCUGGUGCCUACCUCUCGGUCUCAGAGCCACCACCACGACUCUUAGCCCUGGGCAACGUCACAGCGUCCCCUGGCCAAGAUGUGGUCCUGUCCUGCCUGGUGCUGAGCAAUGUGCCCUACAACCUGACGUGGAGCUGGGACGGGCAGGUGGCAGUGCCAGGGGACGGCCGGACCAGGCUGCUGCAGAACGGCUCACUGGAGAUCGGCCGUGUGCAGCUGGGGGACAGGGGACUGUACGAGUGCAUGGCACAGAGUGCCCAUGGCACUGCCACUGCCUCCCUCUGGCUCUUUGUCCAGGAGGUGCCAUGGGUGAAGGUGGAUGCCAGUCCCCAGCGUUUUGGCAGGGGGCAGGAGCUGCAGCUGAACUGCACAGCCGGGGGGCACCCCCAGCCCCAGACCUUCUGGAAGCGCUGGGGCUGGGCACUGGAGGAGGAUGAGAGGGUUUUCACCGAUGCCCAGGGUGCCCUGCACCUCCGAGCUGCCAUCCCAGAGGAUGCAGGGAAUUACAGCUGCUAUGCUGUCAGCGUGCUGGGCUGGGAAGAGCAAGUUGUCACUCUGGAGUUCACUGAGCCUCCUGCCAUCCUGGCAGUGACACCCAGCCUGAGGGUGCUGGUGGGAGAAGAUGUGACCCUGGAGUGCUGGGUUUCAGGGGUGCCCCCACCCCGCGUUGUGUGGUACAAAGGCGGGCAGGCGGUGGCCACGUUCCCAGCUGGCACUCGGCGUGCUGCCCUGCAGCUGCAGGCAGUGCAGGAGGAGGACGCAGGGCACUUCGUCUGCCAGGCUCUGGGGGAGGCUGGCACCGCCUCCCAUGGCACCCUGCUGGAUGUGGGCUCUGUCCCGCACUUCCCUGAGCCCCUGCGGGACGUGGUCGUUGACGUCGGGGACAGCGUGAGCCUGCCGUGCCGUGUCCAAGGCUCCCCCCCGCCACGGGUCACCUGGGCUCGGCAGGACGGGCAGCCUGUGCCCAACUGGCUUGAGCCAGGUCGUGUUUCCAGCCGGCUGGAAGCUGCUGAGCUCCUCAUCCACAGCGCCUCGCUGCGGGACCAAGCUGUGUACGUCUGCGAAGCCCAGAACGAGUUCGGGACGGUCCGAGCGGAGGUCAAGCUCACGGUCACCGGACACGCCCCCGAGAUCGCCCUGGCAGCCCCCGUGGUCCGUGCCCUCCUGGGCCAGCCUGUGUCUCUGCCCUGUGUCAUCCUGGCCGGGAAGCCACUGCCAGCCCGACGCUGGCUGAAGGAUGGGCAGCCGGUGGCCCCUGGCGGCCGUUACUCCAUCCAGGCCGACGGCAGCCUGCGCCUGGCCCAGGCGUCCCGGGAGGACGCAGGGAGCUUCAGCUGCGAGCUGAGCAACGCCCUCGGCUCGCACAGGCAGGACGUGGCCCUGCUCAUCCACGCUCCUCCCAGCAUCGAGCUUGGCCCUGUCCUUGUCACUGCCACCGAGGGAGCAGCUGUCAGCCUGCAGUGCAAUGCCACGGGUGUGCCCACCCCUACUGUCACCUGGGCAAAGGGCGUGGAGCCCAUCUCACCCAGCCCACAUUACCUCCUCCACCCUGAUGGGACCCUCCUGAUCCCUUCUGCCUCCCUAGAAGAUGCUGGGACCUAUUUCUGCACAGCCACAAACACAGCAGGCUUCUCCAGCCAGGAACUGCAGCUCUCUGUCAGCACAAAGCCCAGGAUCAGCGUGAAUGGGUCACAGGCAUCGGAGCCUGUAAGCAUUGUGGCUGUGCCUGGCCAGGAGACCACCCUGCCCUGCGAGGCUCACGGCUACCCCCCUCCCUUGGUGCUCUGGACACAGGGGUCCCAGCCCCUGCCUCUCACCACUAAAAGCUACAGCGUCCUGCCCUCGGGGUCCCUGCGGCUGGCAGAGCCCCUGGUGACAGACUCUGGCCUCUACACCUGCACAGCCACCAACGCUGCUGGCAGCGCCUCGCUCACCUACAGCCUGCAUGUCCAAGCUCCCCCCCGGCUGCAGAUCGGCGAUGGAGAAAGCCACCUGACAGCUGUCACCAACGGCUCCCUGAGGCUUCACUGCCGAGCCGUGGGCACCCCUGCACCCCAGAUCCGGUGGCUGAAGGAUGGGCACCCACUGGGCGAGCAGGACGGCGCAGUGGUGUCUGAGGAUGGGGGCACUCUGCUGAUUGCCCGUGUGGGGCUUGGUCACGAAGGGCUCUACAUCUGUCAGGGCAGCAACUGGGCAGGGCUGGGCCAGGCAGAGGUGCAGGUUUCGGUGCAAGUGCCUCCAAGCAUCGAGCCCAGCGUGGUGGACCUGAGCGUCCUGGAGAACGGCACAGUGGCCCUGGAGUGCCUGGCCUCAGGGCUGCCCUCCCCUGACAUCGCCUGGUACAGGGGGCGGGAGCAGCUCUCGGCUGCAGCAGGCUGGGCGCUGUCCAGGGACGGGAAGCUCCUGCAGAUCCGCCGUGCCCAGCGCUCCGACGCCGGCAGCUAUCGCUGCUUGGCCUCCAACGUGGCAGGUGCCACCGAGCUCUGGUACAGCCUGCAGGUGACUGUGCCUCCGUCCUUCUCCUCGUCAGAGCCUGUCGCCGUGUCUGUGCUGGAGGGGCAGUCUGUCAGGCUGGCCUGCGAGUGCCAGGGGAUGCCCUUCCCCACGCUGAGCUGGCAGAAGGAUGGCAAACCUCUCUCCUCCCAGCCUGGGAGCCCACGGCAGGUGUCCACGGGAGGGACCUUGCUGUACGUGCAGAAGGUGCGGCUGGUGGACAGGGGCACCUACAGCUGCCAGUGCAGGAAUGCUGCUGGCAGCAGCAGCAGGGAGCAUCACCUGGAGGUGCAGGUGCUGCCAAGGAUCCAGGGCAGCACCAAAGCCCUGAGGAAGGUUUCUGUGAUCAAAGCUGGUGAGACCACUCUGGAGUGCGAUGCCAGGGGGGCGCCGGUGCCCGCGGUGACGUGGGUGAAGGACGGGCAGCCCGUGGCUGGAGGGGAGGGGCUGCUGCUGCUGGAGAGGGGCAGGCGGCUGCGCAUCCCCGCGGCGGAGCUGGCCCACGCGGGACGCUACACCUGCCUGGUGGCAGACCUGGUGGAGCAGGAGUUUGAUGUCGUGGUGCACGUUCCUCCAGAGUUCAUUCAAGGAUCAGGAUCAACAACCAACAUCAGCGUGCCUCUGCAUGGGACCCUGGCCCUGAGCUGCGAGGCCACUGGUGUCCCCCUGCCCACGGUCACCUGGUCCUGGCAGGGCUCUCCUGUCAGCCCCGGCGAGCACAUCCAAGCGCUGUCAGGGGGCUGGGUGCUGAGACUCCACCAAGCACGAGCCCAGGAUGGGGGCCACUACUCCUGCCUGGCCAGCAGCGCGGCUGGGGAGGCCAGGAAGAUCUUUCACGUGGAGGUUGUAGUCCCUCCCCACAUCGGGAACGGGGAUGAAGAAGAGGUCACCAGAGUGCCCGAGGGUCACCCUGUCACCUGGUCCUGCCUGGCUGCAGGCAACCCCCAGCCUGAGAUCAUCUGGAUGAAAGAUGCCCUCCCUCUGCCGCCCGCCGGAGACGCCUUCUCCAUCUCCCCCGACGGCUCCGUGCUCCACAUCCCCCGAGCCUCCCCGGCCCACGCUGGCAGCUACUCCUGCCUGGCCUCCAGCUCGGGGGCAAACCAAACCAAGCACUUCCUGCUGGAUGUUCUGGCUCGUCCUAGCUUUGCUGGAGAUGCCCACCCUGCUGCCACACAAGAAGUCACAGUGACCAUCAACAACCCCAUCUCCCUGAUCUGUGAGGCUCUGGCCUACCCCUCGCCCAACAUCACCUGGCUCAAGGAUGAAGUUCCCCUCAAAGCUUCUAGAAACAUCCACCUGCUCCCUGGUGGUCAUGGGUUGCAGAUCCUGAAUGCCCAGGAGGAGGAUGCAGGCACCUACAGCUGCAUCGUGGCCAGUGAGGAUGGGGAGGCUGUGAAGAACUACGCUGUGAAGGUCCUGGUUCCACCCUGGAUUGCCAGAGAUGACCUUCAGGGGGAAUUUGCCACCAAAGAGGUGAAGGCCAAAGUCAACAGCACAGUGGUGCUGGAGUGUGAGACCUGGGCUGUGCCCCAGCCCUCCAUCCGCUGGUACAAGGACAGGCAGCUCCUGGACAGCGCCGGGCACCUGCAGAUCCUCAGCGAGGGGCAGGUCCUCCAGAUCCACCCAGCCGCCCUCUCCGACUCGGGGCACUACACCUGCGUGGCCACCAACUCCGUGGGUGAAGACGACAGAGACUUCAUCGUGCAGGUCCAAGUGCCCCCCCUCUUCCAGGAGCAGAUAGGUCCCAGCGAAGCCCUGGAGAUCUUCUACCGGGAGGAAGACCAGGCUGGGGAGGUGACGGAGCGCCGGCAGGCUGUGCUCGGCCAGCCCGCCGCACUCUACUGCGACACCGAGGCCACCCCGGCCCCCCAGCUCGCCUGGUACAAGGACGGGGAGCCUCUCUCCCCCGGCCCGGGGGCGCUGCUGCUGCUAGGGGGCCAGGUGCUGCAGCUGCCUGCAGUGCGGGAGGAGGACGCAGGCAGGUACAGCUGCCAGGUGACCACCGCGGCGGGACAGGACCUGCUGCACUACGACCUGGAGGUGCUGACUGCCCCUGCCAUCCACGGUGGCACAGAGGACACGGCUGAAGAGGUGGCAGCCACCAUCAAUGGCAGUGCCCACUUCAAGUGCGCAGCCACUGGGCACCCAGUGCCCAUCAUAUCCUGGCUCCGGAACCACAUCCCCAUCGUGGCUGACUCCCGGCACCAGCUCCUGGAGGGUGGCAUGGUCCUGCAGGUGACCAUGGUGGAGGAAGGGGAUGCUGGUAGCUACACCUGCGUGGCUGAGAACACAGCUGGCUCAGCUGAGAAGCACUUUGCCCUCACUGUGCAGGAAGCCCCCUGGAUCGUGGGUCCGAGCCCCGAAGGCAUCGAUGGUGCCAUCAAUGGCAGCGUCUCACUGGUGUGCCAGGUCCGGGCCCACCCUGCUGCACAGAUCACCUGGUACAAGGAUGGCCAAGCCCUGCAGCCCAGCCAGGAGGUCUCUGCCACCCCAGCCUCUCAGGUGCUGCAGCUCUCUCACCUGCAGCUCUCCAGCUCUGGCACCUACACCUGUGUGGCACUGAACGUGGCUGGCCAGGCCAAGAAGCAUUUUGUCCUCACUGUCCACGAGCCCUCGGGCACCCAGGACCCACAGCUGGAGAUGCUUGAUGCUGACGUGGGCACCCUCCUCAUUCUGACCUGCCAUGGCACCAGCGAGCCAGUGCCCACUGUCACCUGGCUGAAGGAUGGGAGCCUGCUGGAGAGCAGCCCAGAGCAGGGCCUGGUGUCUGGGGGCAGCCAGCUGCAGCUCAGCCCCCUGCAGCCCUCCCACCAGGGCAGAUACAGCUGCCUGGCACGGGAGUCAGGGGCUGAGACACGCAAGGACUUUGUGGUGCUGGUGCGAGUGGCACCCUCGAUUGCUAAUGCAGAGGUCCCCAGUGAGCUCAGCGUGCUGGAGGGUGGCAGGGUGAGGCUGGAGUGCCAGGCGGAGGGGCAGCCCACUCCCCAGAUUUCCUGGCUGAAGGAUGGGCAGCCCCUGGGGCUGCAGUCCCCUUCCCACGCUCGGGUGUCCCCGGAUGGCAGCUCCCUGCUCCUCGAGGGUCUGCAAGCUGCUGACUCGGGGGCUUACACCUGCCUGGCCCGGAACAGCGCCGGCGAGGACGUGCGGCUGCACAGGCUGAGCGUGCUGGUUCCCCCUUCCAUUGAGAGCAGUGCUGAUGACCCGGAGGUGCUCCAAGGUGUCCUGUCUGCGGUGGUGACCCUGCGGUGCCGGGUGCGGGGGUCCCCUCCGCUGCGCCUGCGCUGGCUGAAGGAGGGACUGCCCCUGCCCCUGUCCCCCCGUGUCACCCUGCUCCUGGCUGGCCGUCUCCUUCGGAUCUCUCGGGCACAGCUCUCUGAUGCUGGGACCUACACCUGCGUCGUGUCCAGCCGGGCAGGGGUGGCCAACCGCAGCUUCAUCCUGCAGAUGCUGGCACCCCCGGUCCUGGAGAGCCCAGAUAGCAGCGAGGAGCAGAUGGUGGCCGAGGGCUCUGAUGUCACCUUCACCUGCCAAGCUGCCGGGACGCCAGCGCCAGUGGUGACCUGGCUGAAGGACGGCGAGCCCCUGGCAUGGCACAACAACCAGGUGCCCAGCAGCCCGCGGCUGAGGCUGGCGGCCGUGGGGCCAGCUGACACGGGGGUGUACUCCUGCCUGGUGGCCAACGAGGUGGGGGAGGUCAGCAAAGCCUUCCCGCUGCUGGUGACAGAGCCACCUCGUGUGGAGGCUGCGUCCCAGCCCACCGAGAUCGCCAUCGCUGAGGGCACCUCGCUGGAGCUGACCUGCGUGGUGAGAGGUGUCCCCGUGCCCACCGUCACCUGGGAGAAGGACGGGCGGCUGCUGGCAGGGCCCUGGCUCCUGGCAGGCAAUGAGAGUACCCUCCUCAUCCAGAGCACCAAGGUGCCCGACUCUGGGCUCUACAGCUGCCUGGCUGCCAGCCCCGCGGGCGAGGACAGCAGAAGCUUCCAAGUCACCGUCCAAGCACCUCUCAGCAUCACAAGCAUUGGAGACACCCCCAGCAUCACUGCUGUGGCAGGGGGGCAGCUCAUCCUGGAGUGCCCUGAGGAUGCCAGGAUGCCCACCCACAUUGAGUGGCACCAGGAGGGGUCCCCGCUGCAGGAGGAUGCUCGCAGGCAGGUCCUGGCCCAGGGCCGCUUCCUGCAGAUCCUGGCCGUGGUGCCGGCGGACGGUGGCGAGUACAGCUGCAGGGCCAGCAGCCCCCUGGGAGCCAGCAGCCCCCUGGGAGCCAGCAGCCUGCGUGUCUGGGUGGAGGUUCACGUGGCCCCAGAGAUCCAGCCGGGCCCUGAGGAGGUGAGGGCACUGCUCAACAGCUCGGUGGUGCUGCCAUGCCCAGCACAGGGAUGGCCUGUGCCCCAGGUGAAGUGGCAGAAGGAUGGGUGGCUCCUGCCUCUCCAUGGCACCAACAGGCUGCAGCUCCUGCCAGGUGGCUCCUUACAGAUCGACCCUGUCCAGGCCCAGGACUCAGGCCACUACCUCUGCAUGGCCUCCAGCCCUGCUGGCUCUGACAGACGUGGCCUGGCCCUCCACGUCCUGGUCCCUCCUGCCAUCGUCCCUGGACCCUCCAAUCUCACUCUGCUGGCUCAGCAGCCAGCCACACUGGCCUGUGACACCUGGGGGUCUCCCCAGCCCCACAUCAGGUGGGAGAAGGAUGGGCACCCCUUGAGCCCACACUUCCUUCCUGGCACCUACAGCUUGCAGCCCUCGGGGUCGCUGCUGAUCUCCAGCGCCAGUGCCCGGGACGAGGGCUGGUUCCGGUGCGUUGCCACCAACGCCGCGGGGCAGGCCCGCAAGGACUUCCGUGUGGCUGUGCACGAGCCUCCCACCAUUGCCGAUGACCUCACUGACGUGGCUGUCACCCGUUUGUCCCCUGCUGUCCUCACCUGCUAUGCUUCUGGUGUGCCCCCACCCACGGUGCGGUGGAGCAAGGACGGGGCUCAGCUGGGCAGCCGCGGAGGAGGCUACCACGUCCUGCCCACAGGGGCCCUGGAGAUCAGGCGGGCACUGCCUGCACACGCUGGGCACUACACCUGCACUGCCAGGAGCGUGGCUGGCACAGCUCGGAAGCACCUCCGGCUCGUGGUGCACGAGCCCCCUGCCUUGAAGCCCCUGCCUGGCAUGGUGAUGGUGAUGGUCAACACCAGUGCAGUGCUGUCCUGUGAGGCCACUGGCAUGCCCCGGCCAGAGCUCAGCUGGCAGAAAGAUGGUGUUGGCAUCACUGGAGGGCCUGGGCUGGAGGUGCUUCCUAAUGGGCAGCUGCAUCUCCUCCGAGCCUCCCCGGGGGACGCGGGCACCUACCUGUGUGUGGCUCACAACCCCUCGGGCACCGCUGCGGGGAGAACCAGGCUGGUCGUGCAAGUGCCCCCUGUCAUCGCGGCCGGCCCCGCGGAGCUGGCUGCCCUGCAGGGGCUGGAGGUGCUGCUGCCCUGUGCCGCCCGCGGUGUCCCCGAGCCACGCGUGUCCUGGAGCCGGGAGGGCGCCCCCGUGCGGGGCGGGGGGGGCAAGGCCACCCUCCUGCCCUCCGGGGAGCUGCUGCUGCGGGACGUCCAGGAAGAGGACUCCGGGAGCUACUCCUGCACCGCGGUGAACUCGGCUGGCAGGGCCACCCGCCAGCUCUUCCUCUCUGUCCACACCCUGCCCACCUUCACCCACCUGCCCACGGACCUCACUCUGCGCCAGGGCGAGAGGCUGGAGCUGCUCUGUGCCGCCGCGGGCACCCCUCGGCCCCGCAUCUCCUGGACAGCCAACGGACAGCUCGUCAGCGAUGGUGUGAUGGGGCAGAGCGGCCGCAGUGCCCUGCGGCGGGAGGCAGCCACCCGGGCUGACAGCGGCACCUACGUCUGCCACGCUGAGAACAGUGCUGGUGCCAUCAGGGCCACCGCCAUUGUCUCUGUCAGAGAGGCACCCAUCAUACGGGGGAAUGCCAGCACCUAUCAAGUGGAGCACCCUGGGAGCGAUGUCCUCCUUGACUGUGAUGCCCACGGCCACCCUGUGCCACUCAUCCACUGGAGCAAGGACGGAGUGCCAGUGGUGGCUAGUGGGCAUCUGCACCAGCUGCAGAACGGCUCCCUGGCCAUCCAUGCUGUGGGGGGCACUGAUGUGGGGCACUACCGGUGUGUGGCAGAGAAUGAUGAGGGCACAGCAGCAAAGAUUGUCACCUUGGCCCUGCAGAGUGCCCCCACGGUGACAGUGGCACCACGAGCAAUGACGGUGCGUGCUGGGCAGAGGGUGCUGCUGCACUGUGUCGUGUCAGGGGAGCCCACUCCCUCCGUGGAGUGGCAGCAGGAUGGGCAGCCACUGCCUGACAGUCCCCGUGCCCACAUCCUGCCCAAUGCCACACUGCUCCUGCCUGCCGCCAGCCACCAGGAUGUGGGCAGCUACUCCUGCCUCGCUCACAAUGCCCUGGGCUCGGCCAUUGCCCACGUGUCCCUGGCUGUCCAAGGGGAGCCACGCCGGGUGCGGGGCAGCCUGCUUGGUGUUAUCAAUGCCCGUGAGCUCGGUGUCACCAGCCUGGAUGCCAGCCUGCUGGAUGACCCACACUCCAGUGCCACCACGGUGCAGAGCAGCAUUAGCAGCGUCCCACCCACUGUAGGGCCAUUGAUGCGGGUGCUGGUUGCCAUCAUUGCACCCAUUUACUGGUCCUUGGCACGCACCAGUGGGGAUGCCCAGAGCGGGUUCCUGCUCUCUCAGGGCACCUUCAGGCACGAAUCACAGCUGGAGUUUGCCACAGGGGACCUCCUGCGGGUCACCCACCUUGCCCGGGGCACAGAUGCUGCUGGUGCUUUGCUGCUGGAAAGUGAAGUUAGGGGCUCGGUGCCAGAGGGCAUCAGCGAGGCCGCGGUGCAGGACUUCAGCGAGCGCUACGUGCAGACGGGCAGAGGGCAGCUCUCGGGGGACUCUGUGCAGAGCUUCCUGCAGGACGGGCACACCAUUCGUGCCCACUGCAACCACACCAUCAAGUACGACCCCUCCGCGGGCCUGCGGCCCCCCCGGGUGCAGCAGGUCCGGGCCAGCACCAUCACAGCGUCCUACGACCCAGCCUCAGAGCAGCUGCGCUUCCAGCUCCGUGCUGCGCUCCGCGCGGGGGCCGACGGAGAGCAGUGCCCACGGGGGUUCAUCGUGAACACUGAGCAGCUCUACUGUAUUGAUGUCGAUGAGUGUGCCGAGGGCUCGCAUGCCUGCCGCUACAACCAGCGCUGCCAGAACGUGCCCGGGAGCUACCGCUGCGCCUGCCCGCCCGGGUACCACUCCCUGGGUGCUGGCUGGCCCUGCCUGGACGUGAACGAGUGCCUGCACUUUCCUCCACCCUGUGCCUUCGAGUGCCGCAACCUGCGGGGCUCCUACCAGUGCCUGUGUCCCCCUGGCAGGACCCUGCUGCCAGGUGGACAGUGUGGCACAGCAGGGGCAGAUGGAGGGGCCACAACAGGCAGCCCUCCCCAAGACACUCCCUUGCACUGGAUGGGGCUAAGUAAUGCCCCACGGGUACAGCCCUUCUACACUCAGCUCACCCUGCGUCGUGUGACAAAGGCUGCAGGUGCCUGGGGUGCCCCCUGCCCCACGGGCUUCGUCAGGAGGAAUGGCACCUGCACUGACCUUGAUGAGUGCCAGAUGCUGAGCCGGUGCCAGCACCAGUGCAGGAACAGCCUGGGCAGCUACCACUGCCUCUGCCCCCCUGGCUACCAGCUGCUGCCCAAUGGGAAGACCUGCCAUGAUGUGGAUGAGUGUGCAGAAGGCAUGAUCCAGUGUGGCUCCAGCCAGCUGUGCUUCAACACCCGGGGAGGUGCCCACUGCAUGGAUGUGCCCUGUCCGGCUGGGUACCAGAGAGGCUCCAGCCCUGGAGUUUGUGUCGGUCGCUGCACCCCAGACUGUGGCCCAGCUGGGACUCCCACGCUGCAGUACCAGCUGCUUGCCCUGCCCCUUGGCAUCGCUGCCAGACGGGACGUGGUGCACCUCACCCCGGGCACUGCCCUCCGCCGUCGCUCUCUCUUCACACUGCUGCAGCAGGAGCCUGGCAGCCCCUUUGCCCUCCGCACUGAGCGGGGCCGUGGCAUCAUCUCCACCCUGCGCCCGCUGCGGGAGCCUGGCACCCACCGCCUCAAGGUGCAGGCACUGGGCGGGCAGCGGGCACCCAUCGCCUUCCUCAUCAUCAUCUCUGUCUCACCCUACCCCUACUGACACAGCCGAGGGACAGGAGGGGCCACAGGGUCGCUUCUCCUCCUGUCCCUCACCGUCACACCAGUGGGGGCAGCCGUCUCAGGCAGAGCUGAGCUUGCACUGCUCCUUUGCCCUCUGGACACCUCCUUGCCCCCCAGUGGAGCCUCUGUGUUGUCUUCACCAGGGCCAGACCCUGACUCAGCAGGUCCGCGGGGGGGUCACCGUGUCCUGCCAGCCUCUCGCAAUCAGGCUUUGUGGCAAGCCCCAGUCUGCACCACAGGCUCUGGAGCUAACAGCUCUGGGUGGCCUUGGCCACGACCAGCCCCCAGGCAGGGGUGGAGUGGGGUGGCAGCCUCCGGGGUGCAGGAUGUGACCCUAGGGCCGAGGAGGGCACAGGGCCCCCUGCCAUUAAGUGUUUAUGAAAGAGAAACAGCCUCGUGUGCCCAGCCUGCUGGGGUGCCAGGCACAGGUAUUUAUUUCUAGGUCUGUCCCAAAUAAAGGCAUUUUGUGCUCAAA